AAUGUGUAGUGCUAAUGCUACGUGUCAAACUCCUAUUGGCCUAGCUGUAACAAACUAAAACUGAAAAAGAGUCGUAUAGCAAAAUAUAGACUAGUAUAAUUAAAUACACAUGUGAUCCUGUAGAGCUGUUUGUGUGCAUGCUCCUGAUUAUCUAGAACAUUCCACGUGCACCAGACUUCAUCAAGUAGAAUUAAUCAAAAUUAGUUGGCCAAGUUUAAAUCUCCUUUGCCUCUAUCAAACACUUCCCCACGGCUGUGUAUCGGCUCAGAUUCAUCACUGGCAACAUAGAAUGUGUUUUGGAAGUUUCAAAUGCUACUGUGACUGUUGCGUAUGAUACGAAGGAAACUGAAUCUUGGUUCCUAAAGUUGUCCGUUUUGGGACGGCCAUUUAUCAUAGCAUUUAAGGUGUGCAUAAAAUUGAAGAAGGCUAUCGAAGCUAAGCUUGCCCGUUUUAGAAGUCAGGCGGCAACUGCGGAGAUAUGCAGUCAGAAAACAACCGAGCAGGGAGCCACGGUGGAAAGUCGGACAAUUAGGAACUGGAAUUGUGUACAAUGCUGUUUGAGGUUCAUUAAACAUGAAGAUACUGACAUAGAAGACACAAUAGACCCGACUAAAAUCUCUAGUUUUACCGAAUUCAGAGUACCGAAGCGCAGGAAAUGGUGGCAUAUCUUAAGUAAAAAACAUAGAGAGGCUUGUGGUCAAAAAGAAGUUACGAAAGAAAUUUUAAGGAGAAAUUUCACUAUGGAGGAGCUUGAAGAAGAAAUGGCGUCCAUGGGAUUUGGGGGACCUAACAACCAAUUCAAAGAUAUCAUUUUGAGCUUAGUUCUCCCUCGUACCUUACCUCGGGAUUUAUCUAGAGAGUUAAGGCUCCAACCUAUGAAAGGAUUAAUCAUUUACGGACCACCUGGAACAGGAAAAACACUGGUUGCGAGAUGCAUAUCGGAAAUUCUCAAUGCAAAAUUAAAGGUUGUGAGAGGGCCGGAGAUCAUAAGCACUUUCCUAGGAUCAGGUGAAAAGAAUCUGAGAGAUAUUUUUGCUCCAUCAAUUAGAGAUCUUGAGCAAAUGGGUGAAGAAAGUCCUGUUCAUGUAAUCAUUUUUGAAGAAAUUGAUGCCUUUGCAGCGAAAAGAGGUGCGAACUCGGUAACUGAUAGGAUAGUGAGCCAACUGUCAACAUUGGUUGAUGGCGUUAGGGAACAAACCAAUCUAUUGGUUGUGGGGACAACUAGUAGGAUUGAAUUGAUUGAUGAUGGCUUGUUGAGACCAGGGCGAUUUGAACUGCUUUUGCAAUUAGGUCUACCAGAUGAAGAUGCACGGUUGAGGAUUCUGCAAGUCAAAGCGAAAAGGAUGCAGAGAAGAUUCUUUUUCGAUACUGACAUAGACCUUUCAGCCAUAGCUUCUGCGACAGAAGGACUUAGCUUAGUCGAUGUUGAAGGUUUGUUACAGACGGCAUUGGAAAGUGCAUUGUUUCGUGGUUUUCAAGGACGUCUCUUCAAGGCGGAGGAUAUUCAAAUUAAGAAGGUGGACAUUCAAAUGGCCCUGAACGGUUUUGGCAGAGACCUUAAAUAGUUGGAAGAUACGUUGUUUGGAGCCUUUGGCACUUUGGCUGGCACCAAGAUCUCUGAUUAGAAUGGACAGCAUCUAUAACUAUAUUAGAAUGGCACUUCUCCCGUUUUAUUGACAUGAACGCCUACAUCACGAAUAAUAUAACAAUUUUAGUACACAUAAAUUGGUCCUCUGUGAAUAAGACACUGCAACAUGUCCUGGAUUACUUUUUCAAGAUGAUUUUAUUUCAGAAUCUGCAAUAGUUGCUAAUAUUCUAGUUUUGGGGCAUUAGAGCAGCCUAAUUAUAUUACUCCAUAUGAUAAAAUUCGAAGAAAUGUAUAAUUUAGAAUGUUUUAAUGUGA